UAAAUAAAGUUGUAAAAUAAAAUCACACAAGAGCCAAAUUGAGACCUCUGGGUGAAAAGUCAGUCAAAAAAAAUUUAUCAACAUGAAAAUCUUCGUACUUUUGUGUUUAUCGCAAAUUUGGUUAACUGUUUCUGCAGUGAAUGCGGAAUUAAGGGGCAGAAAUAGAAGUCGAAUUAUUGGUGGAGAGGUUGCUUGGGCUGGCCAGUAUCCAUACAUGGCUGCUAUAUAUAAAACCACCAACGACGGUAACUAUUUCUGUGGAGGUGCCUUGCUUGAUAACCAAUGGAUUUUAACAGCUGGUAGUUGCGUAGAUGGGGCUCUUUUGUUCACCAUUUAUUUAGGAACGACUAACUUAAAAGAAAUAGACACUUCAACCACGCUCAGAUUGGCAACAGACGAAUAUAUUUUGCACCCAAAUUUUAAUCCGGAAACUUUGGAAAACGAUGUUGGUGUAAUUAAACUGAGAAUGCCUAUAACAUUUACUACUUAUAUAAGGCCAAUUAACUAUUUGCCAGAUUACGAACUCCUGCCAGGAACUCCAGUCGUAGCAAUGGGGUGGGGACAAAUUAGCGACGAUGACGCUGGUUUAGUUGAUGAAAUGCGCUUUGUGUACCUGGCUCCGUUAUCCAAUGAUGUAUGUAGACUUACUUAUGGCAAUCAAAUCACUGAACAUAUGGUUUGUGCCGCUGGAAACAACAACGAAGGAUUUUGUUUGGGUGAUAGUGGUACUCCCCUUAUAAGAAUGAGAAACGGCCCAACACACACACAUAUGGGAAUUGCUAGUUUUAUUAGCCAGAAUGGGUGUGAGAGCACUGAUCCGUCUGGGUAUACUAGAACACUGGAUUUUGUUGACUGGAUAAGAAAUGUAACGGGAACCGAUAAAUAAAUUUUACUGGUUGUCAUUUCAAAAUAAAUCGUUAUCUGCAAAA